CAAUGUAAUUGUAUGAUCUUAAUAGUUUCCCAUAUCUCAUAUCCGUUUUCUAUGGUUUUCUUCAUAUGAAUUUACCAUGAGUGAUAUACGUAUCCAAAUUUGUAGUAAUGAAAGAUGUAUCUUAUAAUUUAUGAAAGAAUAAACUUUAAUUUCAACACUCCUAAACUAUCAAAGACAAGACCCAAAAUCAUGUAAAAAGUUUGAAAUGUGUGGGUGUUGUUGACAGUUCUCGGCCGCGUUCACUCUCACCGCCUGGAACUUUUAUCUCGAUUCUGAUUGGUCGAGAGGCGAACCUGGCAUCUCUGACGUCAUAGUUCGGCUGGAGUGAACGUGGCCUUGUUAUUGUGGCCUAGGGUGACAGAUGCUGAAGGUGCGAGGAAAAGCGUUAACGUAAUCAGUGUUCACCUAUUUACGCCUUAUUUGAGAACUUAUAAUCCCGGAAAACAAGGAUAAGAUUGACAAGAGUGAGACAAGCAAAGGAAACAAGACCGCAAGUGCCAAGUGCCAUGAAGAUAGCACGGACGCUCUUUGGCCCCCGUGCCCCAGACGGCUACUCAGAUGGCACAACUCAGGUCCACGUCGACACAGCUGUGGAUGAGGACGAGAAUGAUGAGGUGUUCCUCCCAGAUGCCCCGGAAGGGCUGACGACAGGUAUCAGCAUCGGCAGAACGUGUGGUGGAGUUACGGAGCCGUGCAUUGGCGGCCCCUUUUCGGCCAUCACCCCGUCCAUGUGGCCCCAGGACAUCCUCCUGAAGCUCUCGCAGCAGGACCACCAUAUGGAUCCCAACCAUCAGCCAGAUUAUAGGUUUGAUGAGUUUGGCUUUCGUGUAGAGGAGGAGGAUGGCCCUGAACAGAGUAGUAAGAAGCUAUUAAGUCAGCCAUUUGUUGAGGAUCCACAGCACAGAUUGCAGUGGAUAGCGUACCUGGAAUUUAGCCACAGCGAUGAGGUCGGGGAGUUGACUUGGGACCACGUUGAUGUGCGGCUCCCAAGGACAGAUAAGUUGAGGGGGAUGGUCAAGAAUGGGGUCCCUCACUCCCUACGACCGCAGUUGUGGUUGAGACUCUCUGGUGCCCUUCAGAAGCAGCAGCAGUCAGACAUAUCCUAUCGAGAUGUGGUGAAAGCAUCGAGCAAUGAUGCCCUCAUGACUAGCAAACAGAUAGAAAAGGACCUCCUGCGCACUAUGCCCACCAAUGCAUGCUUUUCGCAACUCACUUCCACGGGCAUUCCACGACUGCGACGGGUUUUGAGGGCCCUUGCCUGGCUCUACCCUGACAUUGGGUAUUGCCAAGGUACGGGGAUGAUUGCUGCAUCUCUACUGCUUUUCUUAGAAGAGGAGGAAGCUUUCUGGGUAAUGUGUACUAUAGUGGAGGAUCUGCUGCCUGCAUCCUACUACUCUUCCACUCUGCUGGGUGUACAAGCAGAUCAGCGUGUGUUGGCUGCCCUGGUGUCUACUUAUCUGCCUGGAGUUGAGUCUGUAGUACGAGAACAUGACAUUGAACUCUCUCUCAUCACCUUGCAUUGGUAUGUGACCCUUUUUGCUUCGGUGCUUCACAUGAAGAUCCUCCUGAGGGUGUGGGACCUGUUCUUCCUGGAUGGAUCCAUUGUGCUUUUCCAGGUCACUCUAGCCAUGCUGAAGAUUAAAGAGGCAGAGCUCCGUAGCCUUGAGAAUUCAGCACAGAUAUUCAAUGCACUGUCAGAUAUUCCGGGGGAUAUUGAUGAUGUUGAUUGCUUGUUUAAGGUAAUGGAUAAUGUGUGUGGGAGCUUAACAGAUGUAAUGGUUGAGACCCACCGUCGACGCCACCUUGCAUAUCUUAUGGCCGAUCAUGGUGCACUUAUCAACCCAGAUCACUCUACAAACCUCCCCAAGCAACAGCUAAACAGGCGGCAAGUUAGCAAGAGUAAAUCUAUGCUGGAGCUGAUAUUAUUUGGUGAUGACUGUAGCAAUGAUGACCUUCGCAACAAAAAUAUCCGUCAGACUGAGUUGCUUGUAGAUCUGCGUGAAGCAAUUCUACAAGUAGGCAGGCAUUUCCAGAGUGUGGAGCCAGCCUUCAGUUCAGUGACCCUCACUCCAGACUAUUCCUUGGAGUCUCAUGCACAUGACUUACCUGAGUUUUUAGCAACAGCAAGAUCCAGACACAGAAGAGCAAAGGCAUUACUUGAUUUUGAACGUCAUGAUGACGAUGAGUUGGGUUUCCGAAAGAAUGACAUCAUUACUAUUAUAUCCCAGCGUGAUGAGCACUGCUGGAUAGGAGAACUGAAUGGAUUAAGAGGCUGGUUUCCUGCAAAGUUUGUAGAAGUGUUGGAUGAACGUAGCAAAGAAUACAGCAGAGCAGGUGAUGAUGCUAUUAAUGCUAUUGUGACUGAUCUUGUGCGUGGGACUCUGUGCCCAGCCAUUAAGGCAAUAUUGCAACAUGGAAUGCAGCGCACGUCUCUCUUAGGAGGCCCUUGUCACCCCUGGCUGUUUAUUGAAGAGGCUGCAGCAAGGGAAGUGGAGAGAGAUUUCUCAUCAGUAUAUUCACGCUUAGUGCUGUGCCGGACAUUCAGGCUUGAUGAAGAUGGCAAAGUUCUCACUCCGGAAGAGUUGCUGUAUCGAUGUGUGCAAGCCAUUAAUGUAAGCCACGAUGCAGUGCAUGCACAAAUGGAUGUUAAACUGCGGUCCCUGGUCUGCUUAGGACUGAAUGAACAGGUGUUGCAUCUCUGGCUGGAGGUACUGUGUUCGAGUGCUGAUGUUGUAGAACGAUGGUAUCAGCCGUGGUCUUUCCUAAAGUCCCCCGGCUGGGUGCAGAUCAAGUGUGAGCUACGAGUGCUGGCACAGUUCCCUUUCACACUGAACCCAGACUGGGAACUGCCCCCUCCCCCCAACCAGGAUCAGAGGCCGCUGCGAGAGGGUGUGCGGGACAUGCUUGUCAAACACCAUCUCUUCUCUUGGGACCUGUAGCAUUGGUAGUCCUCUUUUUUAAAACUGACUUGAAAAGUCGAUUUGGAGUUUGGAAGUAUUUUUGUAGUCUGAUUACAUUUAAAAGAAAUGAAAUGCCAUUCUGUAGAAGGAAAUGUCAUACAAAUUACAUACCACUUUUCUUUUCAUGAUUCUCAUAAAACAUGAUUGUCCCAUUGAACAGCUACAUGCUUGUAAAAAAAAGGAAGAUCUGAUAAGGUGGAGGCAAAUAUUCUUUAUAUUCUUUGCAGUGUUUGAUUCAACUCCCUUUUCCUUUAGACAGAUUUUAGGAAACUAAUCUAGGUACUUUUCAUUUAUCAUCCUUGUAAGUAGAAGAUUAAUAUUGUUAUAUUUUUUCCUAUACAGCAGCACAGUAUUAUAUGGUAGAACACUCAUAACAUAUUAUCUCUAAGACUCCUUGUACAGUUUUAAUCUUAAGUGUACACAUCAUCAAGCAUUCUUAGUGUACAUCAGACAUUUAUAUGCCAUGCCAUAUGCUGCAGAAAUAUAGUAAUUUACUCUUUACUGAUAUAAAUGUUAUCUCUUUCAUAAUAUUUAUUGAAGGCUUUAGUUUCAUAUAUUAGCUACUCACAUAAUGCAGGGGAAUUAAUGUGUUUCAUGGGUGAGAAUAUGUCUGAACACUUGUCACACUUGUGGGCAAACUUAGAGAUAAAUGAGCUCCGGCAUCAGUUAGGAAGCUUCAUUAUUCUAACUAUUUUUGAACUGAUUAUUUUACAAGAAGGAACAUAUUUUUAAUAGUUUCAUCCAUUUGGACAUUUUUAGAAAUGGAAAUAAUUUGUUAAUUUGUAAAAUAUUAUAGAUCCUGAGAGUUAUCCUGUGGAUUAUGAUGCCAGAAUUCAUUGGUUCAAGUUAUCACUCAUUGAAUUUCUAUUUAUGGCAAUCACACACACAUGCUAAAUCAUCUGUCCUUGUGCUCAUUGCACUGUCCAUUGAAUAAUUCGAUUCAUAUUAUUAUAAAUGAGCUAAAAUUCAUGUUUACACUGGCUGCUCUGGUAACCUUUUUGAAUUUUUAUAUUUUUUAUGAUAACUCUUCCAUACAGUCUUGUUUAUUCAUUGAUUAUUUGUAUGUUUCAUUCCAUAUUAAAAAUGACUGUUGAUGAUCUGAUAGAAAAUUUAGAAAUACCUGUAUUUAUGUUCAACCUUUAGUUUAUGAACUUGCACAGUUCAUCAGCUCUAUAUAACUGAAACAUCAAUAUGAAGUGCAAGGGGCAGUAGUUUUAGUACUUUUAUAUAUUUUGUUUUAUUAUUAUUUUUUUUACAUCUCAAGUGCCUUUAUCUGCUUCUUGGUCCAGAAAGUUAAUGAGCAGAUUGAUUAUGAACGGAACAGGAGGUUUUUAUGUAUCAUGAAAUUUCUUAUUGAUAUUUUUAUUUUCAGAAAUUGUAGUCUAAGUUUGUUGAGAUCUGUGCUCUUACUAAGUAAUUUGCAGAGAAUUCUGUUGCUGAAAAGAGGGGCUCUCUGGCCCAUAAUUGAUGAAUAUAUUUGCAAAGUUUAGAUGGCUUUACUGUUAAGGAAGUGAGUGAGUUUGCACCUUCAUGGGACUGCUAUGUUUAAAUGUCUCUGCUCUUCCAGAAGUCUCAGGAUUUUAACUGGAGUAGCUACAUAUUCAGACUCAUUAUCAUUAGAAAGGAAAUAAUUUAUUUUGAUAAUGUGAGCAUUAUUACUAAUGCUUCUCGUUAUUUUAUUCUCAUUAUGUGCCUAGAUUUGGCUUGCUUGUACUCAUUUAAUGCAAUGUCAAUCCAUUGACAUUGUACACAUGCCAUUUCCACUAUUAUUUAAUUUGUAAAUUUUAUUUAUUUUUUGAUGUGUCCAUAAGUGCUAAGUCACCAAGGAGUCCUACAAGAGCUCUCACCUUGUGUGUGAUUAUCUGGGAUUCAAAAAAUAUAUAUUUUUAUUGCUGUAGAUAUUGGUAAUAUUAUAACAGUCAUACUGUUCCCAAUGAUUAUGAUAUUAAUAGUAUAAGAAAAAAUCCAAAAAUUUCAAAGAAUCAGGUAAGAUCACAUGGGCAUCAUUUCAUCUUUUUCUUAGGAUCGCAAGGAUAGGCAGGUAAGCAAAGUGAACAAAAAAUUAGAUAAAUGAUGCUCCUGUAAGAUCAUAUAGUUCAACAAAUUGUCUUCAUGGUGACUAAGCACAUGUGGCACCAUCUAAACAAAAUUCACAAAUUAAAACUACAGAGGACAGGGCUUAUACCCAACACUAAUGGGAUUAAAAAAUGUAUAUGCAGUAGUGAGAUAAAAUAAUCACCAAUCAGAGAGGUGAUUUUUAGAAGUACACUAAGAGGUUAGAGUCAUGUGAUUUAUCGUAGUAUUAAAGCUACUGCAGAACAGUGUCUGAACUUGUUGAGACUUUGACAUUUGGCCAUGUAGCACUUUAAGAUUAGAAGAGUUAGACUCUCUCUGUUAAGUUUACAUAGAUAAAAGCAGUCAAGCCACAAAAUGUGUGAUUCUUUACGACAGGAUUUAAUAUAUAAAGCUCCAGUUUUUAAUCCGAUAUCAAAACCCAAUGCUGAUGAGUAGUGUAUUUUUUGUGCUUACAGUAUUAACAUUAGGAUGAAGGGCUGAUUAUUAAGCUAAAUGAUUUUUCAAAAGCAUUGUUAGAUUGGAUCCAUUAGUAUCUCAGAGCUCACAGACUGAUGUUGAGUCUGCUGAAUUGUAGCUUUAUUUAAUCACAUGGCACUGAACUGCCUGAGCUUUCAAGUCUUGAACAGUAUGUGUUUUCUUGCAAGGGUAAUUAUCUAGGCCUUAGGAAUGAAGAAAGCCAUCCAAGUACAUCAUGUUAUUUUGGAAUAGCUAAAAGCUGUAAUUUUUUAGGUAAAAAAUAGACCUAUAGCAGUUCUGAUGCUGAAAGGAUAUUCUCCUGAGAUUCACGAUUGUGCAGAUUUUAAAACUUAUAGGGACGCUUGACUAGAUUUCAUAGAAUAUAAUUUUUUUUUUUUUUUUUUUACUAUUGUUUGUCCUAAAAUAUUCAGAACUUCACUUGCCUACUUUAUAAUUCUCAGGGAUCUUCUUGGGAGGAACUUCUCUUGUAAGCUAGGAUGCAACAACUUAGGAGAUUUAUUUGUGAGUGAUGCAUGCAAUAGGUAUAUUUGCUUUUACUAAUCACUGUAUGGUUUGCUGGUGUAUGAUUAUUCCUUAUUAUUCCAAACAGAGUUGUGACUUGCUGAUUUGUAAAUUCACAAUAUUGCUUCAUUCAAAAGGUGUUGCUUGAUAAAAUGGAGGCUAUUUUAUUUUUAUCAUUCCAUCUUACUUAGCCAUGUAGGAAGAACAGACUUUGCUUUUGUAUAUCAUGUUUUACCAUGAAUUGAACUGAUAGUGAUUACCUCCUAUAACAAUUGUGCAUCAGGGUACGAUGUUGUUCCUAUAUUUUGACUUACUCUAAUGACUGGGAUUUCUAUUAUAUCUAAAGGAAAAGGGAGUCUUUAGACACACUGCAGAAUGCCCUACUCACUAACAAAGGAAAUUAUAUGUUUUGUGCUAUUUUGCAAUAGCAAAAGUCAUUAUAUAUUACCUAUUGUACUAUAUAAUGACAGUCUUUUUGUUUUUUGUUUUCAGGAUUAUAUAAUCCAGUUUGAACCAUAUAUAUGUGUAUCUUUUGAUUAAGUAGUGAGCAUAUUUGCAUUGAUUAUGCAAUUUAAGAUUUGCUAUUCAGUUAUACAAGUAAUACCCAUUUUAUACUUGCUGUCACUACUGUUUGUGUCACAAAUAUCAACAUUUGUGCAGUACACACAGGCUCUCACUCAAAUGCUAACUUACAAACACAGACACUUACAGAUGUGUGCCUAUAGCAACUGUAUAUUUAAUGUUUUUGACAUACCUGAUAGGAAUGGCUUAGUUAGAAAGCUCAGCUAUAGUAUACCUUUUAUUUUGAAAUUGUUCUAUUUUCUCUCUGAUUUUUUUUUUUUUUUUAAGGAAGAAAUGGCAUGACUUGAUGAAUAUGCUGUGAAAUUUAACCUCAAACCAUAUCCUGUGAAGUGAUUAAGUAACUGGAUGAAUGCCAUCCCAGGACAUUCCAAAAAUUAUCUUCCAAGAUUAUAUGUGUAACCAAAGAAUUCAUGUAAAAAGAAUCGUAGUCUUUAUAGCCAGAAAAUGAUGUUGGGUGUAGCACUUCAUGGCUUCUGCUGUGUUUUUCUGAAGGCUAUACUCUCUAGCUGCAAGUCCCUCCAUAUAACUAAUUGUAGCCGAUGUUAGUAUGAGGUCAGUCUUGCCAUUGUAGAAAUGAAUAUAUGCUAGUUGGUAGGACAUUUGAGUAAACAAAGUUAUGAAUAAUCAGGAUAUAUUUAUGAAUAUA